ACGGGGAAACUCUGAGACAGCAACUUCGUUGUCGUGCCAUGGCAAUGGCUGGUUUGGGCCCCUUCGACGCGUCGCUCGUGGCCGGGGGCCACUUGCCUGAAUCCAGACAGGAGUUUGGUGGUGUCGUCUCGUCUGUCGUUGCUGGGAGCGAAGAAGGUCCUGCAAGCACUGUGCGGCGUGCUUCGUUGGACCCCUCAGCAUUUGCUGACACGCUUGGCGGUGCUGCGGCUGUCACUCCAACGCACACGCCGCUGGCAAUGAACCAGCGUGAAGGCGAAGUUACACCGCCUGCUAGCUUACGUUUUACCUUGCCAGACGAAGUGUUGUCAAUUGAGAGGAGGGCGGCUUCUGUCAGGACCCACAGCGCUCCUGUGGUGCAGGAAGCACGCCGACUCUCCGUCAUCGAGCAAUGCAUCCUGGACAACGAGAAUGGAACCAAUGUUGGAGGUGACAUGUUUACAGGUGCAGGUCCGCCUCCGUCUGGCACACGAAACACUGUUCCGCCACGCGAACAGCCUGCACCAAGUGUGACACAGGCAGCUGAACGCCUUCCAAGUGCGGCCGAAGACUCACAUGCGACUGUGACGGACAACGCCAGGGCUCCUUCUGCACAGAAAAACACAGACCGUUGGGGAGAGGACGAGACAACAGAGCUGUGCAAGAUCCGCUGCGAGUUGAAGACUUCCAUGGGGACCGACACGGAGGCAUUGAGAAGGGCUCAUAUGAAACAGAACUUUUGGCCAGAAACCAGUGCAAAAACAAGUUCCACUAUGUCUUCACGUGCUCAUGAGAGGUGGUCGGGGAGGCCCAGCUACUGGGACAUGAACAGCUCACAGCGAAAGACCCACAAACUGGACUUCCUUAUGCGGCGCGCGUGGUACGACAUCAUCAAUCCUAUUGAAGAUGAUACGGAGAUCAUCAAUCUAGAUCACUUGCAUGAUUCUGGAGCACGUGUGGAGAAUGCAGCUGGUGACGAUGAUCAACCUGCAGACACUGCGGGGGACUCGACUGCGAUGGGUGUUAAAGGUGGUCGUUCACGUAGUGGUGGUGUUGACGGUCCACAGUGUGAAGGCAGUGGGAGUGGUGCUGGUUUGCCGUCCGCAGGCGGCCAGUCUUCUGCAUUCCAGCCAACGUUGGGCAAACGCAAGCGUGCCAACAGUUCUGCAAGGGAACAGAGCAUGCUUGCUGUCACAGGGGCCAUGAGAGAUCACACCAGUGCACAAGUGAAGUCGGACAGAGAGUGUACGCGGAUGACAUGUGAUGCCAUGGAUCGGGCGAAUGAUGUAAUGCGGGAGGACAUACAGGCACGUGCGAAGGAAACGAGGCGGUACGCGAAGAAGAUGGAGAAGGGGUACCAUGUCUUGGCUGACGCCAUCAGGAGUUUACGACAGGAGAGGAGAAGAGGAGAGGAGAGGAGAGAACAAAAGAGGAGAGACGAGAAGAGAAGAGGAGAGAUGAGAAGAGAAGAGAAGAGGAGAGGAGAGGAGAGAAGAGGAGAGAAGAGAAGAGAGGAGAGGAGAGGAGAGAAAAGAAGAGGAGGAGAGAAGAGAAGAGAGGAGAAGAGAAGAGGAGGAGAAGAGAAGAGAAGAGGAGAUGAGGAGAGGAGAGAAGGGGAGGAGAGAAGAGGAGAGACGAGAAGAGAAGAGAUGAGGAGAGGAGAGGAGAUGAGGAGAGGAGAGGAGGAGAGGAGAGGAGGAGAGGAGGAGAGGAGAGGAGGAGAAGAGAGGAGGAGGAGGGGAGGAGAAGAGGAGAGACGAGAAGAGGAGAGACAAGAAGAGAAGAGACGAGGAGAGGAAAGGAGAGAAGAGGAGAGGAGAGGAGAGGAGAGGAGAGAAGAGGAGAGAAGAGAAGAGAAGAGAAGAGAAGAGGAGGAGAGAAGAGGAGAAGAAAACAGAAGAGAAGAGGAGAGGAGAGAAGAGGAGAAAAGAGGAGAGGAGAAAAGAGGAGAGGAGAAAAGAGAAGAGGAGAAGAGCGAAGAGAGAAGAGAAAAAAGAAAAGAGAAAAGAGGAAGAGAGAAGCGAAGAGAAGGAGAAAAAGGAGAAGAAAUGAAGCAGAGGAGGGGAAGUGGAGAAAGAACGUGACAAAAGCUGAAGAAAACAUGAAGAGAGUCAUGAGGAAGGAGAAGACGGAGAAGAAACGGGGCAGAGCAGGACACGAGGAGGAAGAAAGAGAAAGAGAAGCUGCCGAUAAAGUGAAGAGGGCACAAACAAGAAGCACCGCAAACACAGUGUGCACGAUGUUCAGGUUACAUGCACCCUCCAAGAAAAAAGACUUGCCAGAAAAUCAGAGGUUGCAAGAAUAACACUCGCAGUGAAGCUCUUCAAGCACGAUGACACUUUACAAGUGUUGGGGCAGCCUCCGCUUGACUGGAGUUCAGACUCUGUCCGUGUGGGACCAUCAAGGCCAGAGUGUAGACACCAAUUUACCAGAUCCGAGCCCAAGCUUAACACACAUGGAAGAACUGCACAGCACUCACAGCACUCCAACCAAAACGUGUCGUGUGAUCCAUAUCACCACAGGCACCCCUUCCCCCCUGUAAAGGACAGUAUAUCGCAGAAGAGAUAACAAUUGAUAAGAUACUAUUUUCUGCAUCACCUUCUUCUCGCCCAGCUUGAGACAAAACAAAUGCCAAAGUUCAAACUAUACCCAGAGUUUUAAAAUUAGUCUGAAGAAGUUUCACUGUCACAGAAACUUUCGCCAUCCAAAGUUAGACACCCAAGUUCGAAACACUAGAGUGGGAGUGUGACAAAAAGAGCCUAAAGUUCGAAACACUAGAGUGGGAGUGUGACAAAAAGAGCCUAGAGUUUGAAACACUAGAGUGGGAGUGUCACAAAAAAAGCCUAGAGUUUGAAACUCUAGAGUAGGAGUGUGACUAAAAGAGUCUAGAGUUUGAAACACUAGAGUGGGAGUGUAACAAAAAGAGCCUAGAGUU